GCCGAUAGGAGGAGCUGGCGAUCGUUCCUGUUUGGUUGGAACAGACAGUUUCACUUUCCGUUCUGUCGGCGGCUGGGAAGCGUGUCGAAAAGGCAGCAAAAAAAGGGGGAAACAAACUUGUCCGCAAAUCCCAGGAUAUAAUCUAAAAGCACAUAAAAGCAGAGUAAUUUCGUCGUCAGUUCGCGGGGAGGAGGAGGAAGUUGGCGGAUGAAGCAAUCAGAAGAGUUGUGAUGAUGGCUUCUGAAGUUUCACCUACAAACGACCUGAAAGAUGCGGAGGACCUUGCUCUGUGUCUGAGUGAAGCCCUGAGCAGUGGAGACUGUGAGCAGGCAGCCCAGCUGUGUCAGAAGCUCUCUCAGCUCUCUGUGUCCGUGUCAGUCAGCAUCCACAGCCAGGUCUACCCCCAGGAAAACAUCAGAUCAGCCAUGAUUUCGGGUUCCACCCAUCCCUGCAGCGCUGGGUGAUCGGCAAGCGACUCGCUCAAGACCAGGACACACUGUACAGCCACGGUAUCCGUAAGGAUGGGGAUCAGGCGUUCCUGUUCAUCCUCUCCGCCCAUGCUGCUCACCUGACGCGGCAGCAGUACAUGUCGGACAUGGAGCAACAGCGUCUAACGGGCAUCAUGAAGUCAGUGGAGUUAGUUCCCAGAGGGUUGGGUGAUGCUGGCGAGAAAAUGCCUCCGCUCCGUGAAGCUUCCCCUCCCCCUGUUCUUCCUAGAAACCCGACUGUUGCUAAACCUACCUUGCCUCCUAAACCUCAGCUGGGCUGGGCCUGUUUGUUGUGUACGUACGUUAAUAAGCCAACACGCCCUGGAUGUGAGAUCUGCGGAGGGGAUAGGCCAGAGGAUUACAAGGUGCCGGACAUCUAUCAGCCAGACCAGGACGAAAUUCAACGGCUUGAACAGGAACAGAUGGCACUUCUGCAAUAUGAACUGGCUCAGCAGGAAGAACGGCAGCAGAACUAUAUGUACCUUUUGGCGACAGACGAGCAGAACCUUAUCCUGAGCACCACAGAGACCGAUUGCCCCAUUUGCUUCUCCCCUCUGCCGCCAGGAGAGGGCGUUGUGCUCAGGGAAUGUCUGCACACUUUUUGCAGGGAGUGUCUAAAAUCGACAAUCGUAAACUGUCAAGAUCCUGAGGUGUCUUGUCCGGACAACUGUGACAGCAAGUUACUGGACCGAGAGAUCAAAGAGCUGCUGACAGAAGAGGAGCUCCAGCGGUUUUUAGAGUUGCGCCUAAACGUGGCAGAGAGCCGCUCCGAGCAUAGCUUCCACUGUCAGACUCCCAACUGUCGAGGGUGGUGCAUCUACGAGGACGAAGUCAACGAGUUCCACUGCGAGCUCUGCGAUGAAACCAACUGCAUUCUCUGCCGAGCCAUUCAUAAAGACAUGAACUGUAAGGACUACCAGGAUGACCUGCGCAUCCGAGCAGCCAACGACAAAGCAGCUCAGCAGACGAAGCAGAUGCUGGAUAACCUGCUGAAGAACGGAGAGGCCAUGAAGUGCCCACGGUGCGACAUUGUAGUCCAGAAAAAAGACGGCUGCGACUGGAUCUGCUGUUUGAUGUGCAAAACCGAAAUCUGUUGGGUCACCAAGCAAGCUCGAUGGGGACCAAAUGGACGUGGUGACACAUCCGGCGGCUGUAAAUGUCGUGUCAAUCAUCAGCCUUGUCACCCCAACUGCCAAAACUGUCACUGAACCAAGAACACUAUAAAACUCACCCCCCAAUCUCCACGUGCUCUAUAUGAAUGAGCAAGUUCAGAAAAGAUUGGGUACUUAAAACCACUGCCUGCAUGAUAGGUUUUAAAAAUAAUGCUUUUUUUUUUUUCUUGUCAUUUUUAUUGUGACAGAGAAACCUGCCAAACAGAUAACGUUAAAUCUGAUAAACUUGCAAAGUUCAUGAGCUAGCAAUGAUUUGAAGUUGGAGCUAAAAUUGCAUUAAAAAAACUGGAGAGUAAAUAUUUCCAUUGCUGUUCCUGUGCAGUGUAUGUCUAAAACCAAGAAAUUACCACAAAUAAUUGUUUUUAUCAUUAAAAAACAGUUUUACAGUCCAUCUUUAAUUAAUGGAGGUAAAGUGAUGCCAUGUAUUUGAGUUGGAUGUAUUCUUUUGUAAAAUGUAUGUUUGUGUUUUAUUAUUGACUGCUAUUGUUGGUUGAUAAUUGGAAUUCCAUAGUUUAUUGUAUGGCCAGUCUACUGACUAAACUCAGGUGGAAGAAUCUGCUGAAAUAGUUUACAUUAAAUGUUCUCUGAUGCACUUAAAGAUUAAGUUGGAGCAGUGGUUCUUAAAACUUUUCUGCUUUGGCUCUACAAAAUAAAAAGUCGAGAGUUACGGCUGAAUAGGCUAUUGGUAGUUAUUUUUUUUUAAAUUACCAGUAAUCCAAUGUUUUUAGAUUUUCAUGACCCAUAAUAAUGUCCAGACUCAAACUUUGGGAACCACUCUAUUAGGGGUGCAGUGAUUACAGUGUUUUAACAAUUACUUUUUCUGAAGUUUUUUUUUAUUCUGCUAAGAAUUUAAGAAUGAACUGUAUUACUUUAAAACAUUGUGGUCUGCAUCAUACAGAUUUACAAUAUUUGUGAUUUCUUUUUUUUUUUUUUUCAUAUUUACCA